AGUAGCCCAGCAGGAGGAGGACCAUGAGUUCUGAGGCAAGCUGACCGGCUGCAGCCCUGAAGAUGGCCGAGGAGACGGCGGCUAGUCCAGAGGGAGCAGGGAGGAAGUGUCCCAUAGGGGACCACCAUGUGCACAGAGAAGACCUGAGAAAGGUUUGGAAAGAGUGCCACGAGGAAAGCUUCUGGUACCGAGCUCUCCCCUUGUCCCUGGGCAGCAUGGCCGUCACCGGGGGGCUCAUCUACCAAGGCGUCUGGAAUGCAUCCAAGAGAUUUGGAACCCUUCCCAAACUAGCAGUCGCCGGCGUCCUCGGCUAUGCGGUGGGCAAAGCUUCUUAUAUCAGAACUUGCCGAAGCAAGUUUCAGGAAAUCGGCUUUGAAGGAAGACCAGGACCUGGACCCUGGUCUGGACCCUGGUCUGGACCACCCGGGUCUGGACCUGGACACCGGUCCUGCCACCAUGUGUGUGGAGAGUGUGAGAAGAAAGCUCCGGCUGCACCUGCAGAACAGGUGGCAAGCUAAAGGAAUCGCUGAAGGACUGAAUAGAUCCCUCAGCUGCAGUUGUUCUGUCUUCAACCCGUAAAUAAUAAUUAUAAUUCAUGCAAAGUAUAUAUAUAUAUGUUUUAUAUAGUGCACAUAUUCAUCCAGGAGAAACGUUGCGCAGCAUGACCACCAGGUGGCGCUGCUGUCCUUUGUGAUGUAUUUCCAGAUUCAUCUGUUUACAUUUUGUCUUUAGGAAGUCUCUAAGUUUCAGUUUCAUUUUCCAUAUGCAUAACGACCAACCAGAAUAAAUGUUGACUUGAAU